AUGAAGAUGGCGGCGGCGGCGGCGGCGGGGAACGGCCGGUUCUUCACAAUCGGGCUCGUGGCGUCGUGGUACUCGUCGAACAUCGGGGUGCUGCUCCUGAACAAGUACCUGCUGAGCAACUACGGGUUCAAGUACCCGAUCUUCCUCACGAUGUGCCACAUGACGGCGUGCUCGCUCCUCAGCUACGUGGCCAUCGCGUGGAUGAAGAUGGUCCCUAUGCAGACGGUCCGAUCCCGCGUCCAGUUCCUCAAGAUCGCGGCGCUGAGCCUCGUGUUCUGCGUGUCGGUGGUGUUCGGGAACAUAUCGCUCCGGUUCCUUCCGGUUUCGUUUAACCAGGCGAUUGGUGCCACGACGCCGUUUUUCACGGCGGUGUUUGCGUAUUUGAUAACGAUGAAGAGGGAGGCUUGGUUGACUUAUGUCACGCUCGUCCCUGUUGUUACCGGUGUUGUCAUUGCCAGUGGGGGUGAGCCAAGUUUCCACCUGUUUGGGUUCAUUAUGUGCAUUGCAGCUACAGCUGCGAGAGCGCUUAAAUCAGUUCUUCAAGGGAUUUUGCUAUCUUCAGAAGGGGAGAAGCUGAACUCCAUGAAUCUCCUGCUUUACAUGGCUCCCAUAGCUGUUGUGUUCCUUCUUCCUGCUACCCUUAUCAUGGAGAAGAACGUUGUUGGCAUCACAAUCGCACUUGCCAGAGACGAUUUUAGAAUCGUUUGGUAUCUGCUUUUCAAUUCUGCUCUCGCUUAUUUCGUGAACUUGACCAAUUUCUUAGUCACCAAACACACCAGCGCUUUGACUCUGCAGGUGCUAGGAAACGCCAAAGGUGCAGUAGCGGUGGUGGUUUCGAUCCUAAUAUUCAAGAACCCUGUCUCAGUGACUGGAAUGUUGGGUUACUCGCUCACUGUCUGCGGAGUUAUCCUCUACAGUGAAGCCAAGAAACGAAGCAAAUGAGAAGUUUCUUUUUACUGUGAACAAGAAACCUUAACACAGCAUCUUGGGACCAAGCAUCAAAGGAUCAGAGUUCCAACAAGCAAUCAUUUAGAGGACUUGAUGACAAAUACGUGAUAUUUUUUUCCCUUUCUUUGCUCUUUUUCUUUUGUGUUUUCUGCAGCUUUUGUCGUAGGUUGUUGUUCCAAGAGUAACUUGGAUUUAGCUUUCCUUAUUUUUUUGUCGAUUCUUUUACAAUCUAGUUUUGUGAUAUCAACAAUUUACAAACACUGAUUAAUUAAUGGAAAAGACAAAAGGCUUUUUCUUUCA